GUAUCCCCCUCCGUCUCUCGGCGUGACUGGGAACAGCUGCUGUAGCGCUGGCGGCGGCGGCGGAGGAAGAGGGCGCGUGCGCGCUGGCUUGCUUCCUGGCGGACGGUGUCCGACGGGGUUCAUUCCACUCCUUCCAUAGGCUCUGUGCUCCCCCCCCCCCCCAAAAGCGCUGAGGCCUAGAAAAGCGAAGCGUGGCGGAGAGGCCCGUGGAGGCGAUGUCCGUGAGGAGCAGAGAGGGGCGCGCGGCAGCGUUGCUGGGAGGAACUACAGCAGCAGCUGCCGUCGCCUCGGAGGCACGCGGCCUGCUCCUCCCGUCGCCUGCGGCUCUCCGGCGCCGUCUCCCUCCUCGUAGCUGGGCCCGAGUCUGAGCCGCCCUGGGCUGAGCCCGGGCGGGAGCAUCCCGAGACUGAGGCUGGGCGAGAGGGCAGAGCCGUCCCGAGGCAGCCCCGGCUUCCGAGCAUGGGAAUCCUCUUCACCCGGAUAUGGAGGCUGUUCAACCACCAGGAGCACAAAGUGAUCAUUGUUGGCCUUGAUAAUGCAGGAAAAACGACUAUACUUUAUCAGUUUUCUAUGAACGAAGUGGUGCAUACAUCCCCAACUAUAGGAAGCAAUGUGGAGGAGAUAGUGGUUAAUAAUACGCGCUUUCUGAUGUGGGAUAUCGGAGGCCAAGAGUCUCUUCGCUCUUCCUGGAAUACAUACUAUACAAACACUGAAUUUGUUAUAGUUGUUGUGGACAGCACAGACAGAGAGAGAGUUUCGGUAACUAAAGAAGAGCUUUACAAAAUGUUAGCGCAUGAGGAUUUGAAGAAAGCAGGAUUACUUAUCUUUGCUAACAAACAGGAUGUUAAAGACUGCAUGACAGUGGCUGAAAUUUCCCAGUUUCUGAAGCUAACAUCAAUUAAGGAUCACCAAUGGCAUAUCCAAGCAUGUUGUGCUCUCACCGGAGAAGGAUUGUGCCAAGGACUUGAAUGGAUGAUGUCAAGACUUAAGAUCAGAUGAUUUUUACUCUGCACAGACAUUGUACAGAAAAAUUGUGCUGCAUCUUUGGUUAUCUUGCCAGCUGUGAAAUUAAUGGCUUACGUUUAUUUAUCAAUCAAAACUGAGUUCAACUUUGUUUGCUACUUAACACACUAAAUGCCGCCUCCGUUGAGGAGGAAAACUUUUAGAAGUUCGAGCAUGGCUUCCCAGAAGCGGACUCCAGAAGCUGCAGCUGAUCUUUUUUGGUUUUUUUAAGUGAAAUCACUUGCGAUUGUUCAGUAAAUAAUGUGUGUGCGAUAAUGAAAGGGAGGUAUUUUAACGUUUACAUUUUAUUAUUCCAGUCUAACUCAGUUGGAAAUGUUGACUUUAUUAUUCCAGUGAUCAGUAAAGAAAAUCAGUGGCACAGGUAUUGACUUCCCAGUAUUGAAACUUAUUCAAAUGUGUUACAGAAACAGAAAUAUUUUCCUGUAUGUGUUCUGUACAUUUUGCAUUAUACCUCAUGUUAAAAGUUGAUAGGAAUCUGUACAGAGAAAUGGUAAA